AUGUCUUUUUUCGGAAGGAAGAGAAGGGUGUGGCUUGGAACAUUUGAAACGGCGGAGGAAGCAGCGAGAGCCUACGACGAGGCGGCGGUUUUAAUGAGUGGCCGGAAUGCAAAAACAAAUUUUCCAGUGGCCACAAACCAUACUGGCAAAAAUGACAAUUCUACUCCUUCAUCUUCGACUGCUCUUUCAACCAUCCUUAGUGCGAAACUUCGCAAGUGCUGUAAAUACCCAUCUCCUUCUCUCACUUGCCUUAGGCUUGACACAGAGAAUUCUCAUAUUGGGGUGUGGCAAAAGCGAGCUGGUUCGCGUUCUGAUUCGAAUUGGGUCAUGACAGUGGAGUUGGAGAAGAAAGAUGAGCAAAGUCCAAAGGAGAAGCCGGCGACUGAGACGCCGGAAAAGGCUAUCGAACUGGAAAUAGGAGAAGAGAUGAAAGAAGAGGAGAGGAUUGCACUGCAAAUGAUUGAGGAACUUCUAAACAGGAAUUGACCUAGUACCUCAAUAAUCACAUGGAGCUAACCCCUGGACUAGGGAGUUUCCAUGUGCAGUCAUUGUCUCUCAUUGUGUUUGCUUGUUCCAGUAGUGCAUUGUGAAUUUUGUGGGUUUUUUUUUCGUGUGCCAGUGGGCGUGACUUCUCUAUUUGCCAAAAGUGCUUUUAGGGGUAAAUGUUAUUACGAC